AUGAAAUGUGCAAACAUUCUGUUGACAAACAAUGGAGGCCUGAAAAUUGCAGAUUUUGGAUUGACAAAUUUACAGAACCUCCUCAAGGCAGGCAGAGGGAUUCCGGCCUGGUCCGCUCCUGAGUUCAUUGAUACGAAAAGACAAGGAGAAUAUGGACUAACUAAAGCUGAUAUAUGGAGCCUUGGCUGCACUGUCUUGGAGAUGUUAACCGAAAAACUUCCAUACUCCGGUUUAGAAACUUGGUCGAUAUGGUAUCGGAUCGGACAAGGUAUUCCACCUUCUAUUUCCGAUUCUCUCUCUGAUAAUUCUCGGAACUUUAUCCAGAAAUGCCUACAAGUUAAUCUAAAGGAACGUCCAACUGCUUCCCAGCUUUUAGAGCAUCCUCUCCUUUCCGCCAAAAGUUAUGCAGAAAGAAGUACAGAUCUCAUCUCCGAUAAAAGGAAGAAAUUUGAAGGUAACGGACUUGUAGAAAGACCAUGA